GCACCUUUACAGUGACGCAAACAAACUGCGACUCUGAGACGGAAACAUCAUGGCGGCGCCUGGUGGGAAGAAGCGUGGCCUCGAACAUUUGGACGAAUAUGAGCCAAAACCAGCCAAACACCUCCGCAGUUUGCACGACCGGAUGGCCGAGAGGAGGCUGGUCGUUAUUCUGGAGGGAGCGUCGCUGGAAACCGUGAAGGUUGGAAAAACAUUCGAGCUUUUAAACUGCGACCAACAUAAGAAUAUAAUCUUGAAAAGUGGAAGAGAUCCUGGACACAUCAGACCUGAUAUCACACACCAGUGUCUGCUCAUGCUGAUGGACAGUCCACUGAACAGAGCGGGGCUCCUGCAGGUUUACAUCCACACAGAGAAAAACGCCUUAAUAGAGAUCAACCCACAGACGCGCAUCCCAAGAACGUUCCCUCGGUUUUGUGGUCUUAUGGUUCAGCUGCUGCACAAACUCAGUGUGAGAGCUGCCGAUGGCCCGCAAAAGCUUCUAAGGAUGAUCAAAAAUCCAGUGUCUGACCACCUGCCUCCAGGCUGUCCUCGUAUUUCCACCUCUUUCUCUGCGGGAGAAGCCGUUUGCCCCCGGACUGUGGUGCCGGAGGGCCCUGCUGCAGUGGUCAUUGGAGCAUUCGCACAUGGAGCGGUGAACGUGGACUACACAGAGAAGACCAUCUCCAUCAGUAACUACCCCUUGUCUGCAGCACUGACCUGCGCUAAGAUGUGCUCUGCCUUUGAGGAAGUGUGGGGGGUCCUGUGACGGAGAUCAAGAUGCUGAUGCUGACGGGGCUUAAACAUCAGACGACACGGACUAAAAAUACUCAAAUCAAACGGACAACAGAAAUGUAUUCUGCCUUCUAUCUGUGUAUGAUUAUAUGAUGGUGUUUUGGCACCAUGUUAAAGAUGUAUUGGUUUUUGAACCAAAGGUUUUUCUACAGACGUUGUGUACACCAUGAUGUGUGCUGGUGAUGGAUGUUUGCAGUUCCAUUAAAAUAUGUUAUUAAUGAGUGGUUUUUGUUUGAAAGGAACAAAAGUUUACAUUAGAAUAUUUUACAGGAAACUCACUAAAUGGGGGGAGGGGUGGGAUAUAACCAUAACUUGCACAUAAAAAGGAGAACUUACAGGCUGAGGAGAAGAUUUAAGUUUAUUGCUGUCAAAUUUGAACGCUAACAGCAGGACGCUCGUCUUUUGCUCUCCUGAUGUUGGUGUGUUUUCACUUUUGAUCCUGUUUCGGAGAGCAUCCGUCUUGGGGGCUGUGUUUCCCUGUCAGAUUUGUCCUUGCGUGAGACUUGCUUUGUUUUACGGUUCUGGGUCCUCUCAAGCUUCUUCAGUGCUUUUUGACCUCGUGUAGCUAAUUUCUGUUGAUCAGUGUUUUUUUUUUUUGGCAGUGGUUUCAAGGGAUUAUUUUGUGUCCUGUGUUUUAGUGGUUUGGCAGCUGGUUUGUAUAAUUUAAUCAUUCUGUUGUGUGUCCUAACUCAUGGUUGUGUGACUGACUUCUUGGUUUAUUACUUGUUAAGACUCGACUCAGUGACUCCUUAGAUCUUUUCAAAGAUUUACUGGCUGCUGUGAUUUGCUUCACUUCUCUUAUUAGUUCUGGAGCUGUCACAGGUCUUGUCCUUUUUUUUAAU